GUUAGCUACUUUUUUGACAUUCAAAUAAAGUUUUUGUCAUCGUUAAAACGUUUUUGCAAUACUGUUAAUAUUUUUAAUUAAACCCAAAACACUAAAUGAAAUGAAAAUGUUUAAGGUUUUAAUUUCGAUGAUGAUAUUUAUUUCAUCGAGUAGCAUAGUUAAAUCUGAAGGUAUAGAUGUUGAAAAUCUGAAAUCGGAAUUAAAUAGAAAUGAACUAAUGAGGGAAAUCAUGUUUGGAAAUCCAUUGGAUACCAGUUCAGGAGUAAAUCAAGCUCAGUUAUUAUUGAAACCGAAGCCAGAAUAUAGUUAUCAAUAUUCUCAAAUGGGACCUGCUAUGGGGUUACCAAUGGUAAAUUACUACAAUAACCCCUCAAUACUUAAUUCUGGGUCAAUUUCUCCAAUAAGUGGUCAAGAAACAGUUACCAGAUAUAAUAAUGGAGUCACUGUAGUAGAAACUCAAAGUGUGAUAACUGAAGGAUCUCCAAAUAGGAAUCCAUUCCGUGAAACAGUGUUUUACACGCCUACUCAAACAGUGAUAAAAAGAUCAUAAAAUGUUUCAUAAAUCCAAAAGAACAUAUUGUAUUAUUUAUAAUUGUUCUAUCUGCCAAACAGAUUUUAAACAGAAUUUUAUAAUUGAAAAAAUAUAUUAUGAAGAUAGUUGAUAAAUGUUUUUGGUGUUGGGCUGUAAUUUUAUAUAAAUCAUUUUUUUAAGUUUAUAAAAUAAUAUUAAUUUAUUAUACAAGUACUCUGCAUUAUGAUACUUAAAAAAUUUAUU